GCUCUUUAGUGGACACCCCUGGCAGUUCUGUGCAUCCUCCUCAUGUCUCAUCCCAGGGAACCUGGCAACGAUCUUAGCAAGCGUACAGAAAUCGCGACAAACUUCCUUGAUAACAUGCUUUUGCGAAGUUCAGGAAAAUUAAGUGUGGGCACCAAGAAAGAGGAUGGUGAGAGUACAGCCCCCACCCCUCGUCCAAAGAUCUUGCGAUGUAAAUGCCACCACCAUUGUCCAGAAGACUCGGUCAACAAUAUUUGCAGCACAGAUGGAUAUUGUUUCACGAUGAUAGAAGAAGAUGACUCCGGGAUGCCUGUGGUCACUUCUGGAUGUCUAGGACUAGAAGGCUCAGAUUUUCAGUGUCGGGACACUCCCAUUCCUCAUCAGAGAAGAUCCAUUGAAUGCUGCACAGAACGGAAUGAAUGUAAUAAAGAUCUACAUCCCACGCUUCCUCCACUGAAAAACAGAGAUUUUGUUGACGGACCUAUACACCACAAAGCUUUACUUAUAUCUGUGACUGUGUGUAGUUUGCUCUUGGUCCUCAUCAUUUUAUUCUGUUACUUCAGGUAUAAAAGACAAGAAGCCAGACCUCGGUACAGCAUUGGGUUAGAACAGGACGAAACUUACAUUCCUCCUGGAGAAUCCCUGAGAGACUUAAUUGAGCAGUCGCAGAGCUCAGGGAGUGGAUCAGGCCUCCCUCUGCUGGUCCAGAGGACGAUAGCAAAGCAAAUUCAGAUGGUGAAACAGAUUGGAAAAGGUCGCUAUGGGGAAGUUUGGAUGGGAAAGUGGCGUGGCGAAAAGGUAGCUGUGAAAGUGUUCUUCACUACAGAGGAGGCCAGCUGGUUCCGAGAGACAGAAAUAUAUCAGACGGUGUUGAUGAGGCAUGAAAACAUCUUGGGCUUCAUUGCUGCAGAUAUCAAAGGGACGGGGUCCUGGACACAACUGUACCUAAUCACAGAUUAUCAUGAAAAUGGUUCCCUCUAUGAUUACCUGAAGUCCACCACCCUAGACACUAAGUCGAUGUUGAAGCUAGCCUAUUCCGCAGUCAGUGGCCUCUGUCACUUACACACUGAAAUCUUUAGCACUCAAGGCAAACCAGCAAUUGCCCAUCGAGAUCUGAAAAGUAAGAACAUCCUGGUGAAGAAAAAUGGAACUUGCUGUAUAGCUGACCUGGGCUUGGCUGUUAAGUUUAUUAGUGACACGAAUGAAGUUGACAUACCACCCAACACUCGCGUUGGCACCAAGCGCUACAUGCCUCCAGAAGUGUUGGACGAGAGCUUGAACAGAAAUCACUUUCAGUCUUACAUCAUGGCCGACAUGUACAGUUUUGGACUCAUCCUUUGGGAGGUCGCUAGGAGAUGUGUGUCAGGAGGUAUAGUGGAAGAAUAUCAGCUCCCCUAUCAUGACCUGGUGCCCAGUGACCCCUCUUACGAGGACAUGAGAGAGAUCGUGUGUAUCAAGAAGCUGAGGCCCUCCUUCCCCAACCGGUGGAGCAGUGACGAGUGUCUCAGGCAGAUGGGGAAACUCAUGACGGAAUGCUGGGCUCACAAUCCUGCCUCAAGACUGACAGCCCUACGGGUUAAGAAAACACUUGCCAAAAUGUCAGAGUCCCAGGACAUUAAGCUCUGAGGCAAGAGUAAGUGUCUCUGGACAAAGCCAGUAGAUAUUCUUCUGUUUGUGGGCAGAGCAAAAGAUGUUCCAGCAGCAUCCACCGUCCCAGCCUCGAACAUCCUCCUGCUCCCCAGAGGGUGUAUUCUUACCGCUCAGGGAGCAGCCUGGACAAAUAGAAGUUUCCAGAAGCACGGAUUCCUCAUGUCUGUCUGUAGGCGGGAGAAACUGCCUGCGUGAUUUGUUCAAGAUAUGAUGCAUAUUGCUUUCUAAGAAAGCCCGGUAUUUGGGGAUUGCCUUUUUUUUCCUCAAAAGAUAAUUUUGCCAAAAUAAAACAAAAAUGUAGAUGUUUCAAGGUAUAUACUAUUUUAGUUCAAAGAAUAACAACUAAAGUUCUUCCCAGAAACUGCUGGAAGGCAAAUGAAAAUAUGUGUUUCCAUUGGUAAAAUGUUGUUGCACUCUACCAACCAAAAGACAGUCGUUGAAGCUGGAGAACCGAAUGGAACCCAUCUUAAAAGCCCCCGACGUGCCCCUGCCUCCUCAGACCACUCUGGCCAGCCCUGCACUGGGGCAGCCGCAGCAAUGUGAACGCAUCUGGGUACCGGCACCGCCUGUGUGGGACCGCCUCUGGGGAUUCCCACCCAUGACCUUCUGCAGCUUCAGAGGAUGUGGGACAAAUGAAGGUUUUACGA